CGCAUUCAUUCACCACUCUGUCCAACGGGAAACUCCGCCCACGACAGGCUGAGAGGUGAAACAAACGACCUCAGCCCAGACCUACAGUGGCAGAAAGACGACCUCAGCCCAGACCUACAGUGGCAGAAAGACGACCUCAGCCCAGACCUACAGUGGCAGAAAGACGACCUCAGCCCAGACCUACAGUGGCAGAAAGACGGCCUCAGCCCAGACCUACAGUGGCAGAAAGACGACCUCAGCCCAGACCUACAGUGGCAGAAAGACGGCCUCAGCCCAGACCUACAGUGGCAGAAAGACGGCCUCAGCCCAGACCUACAGUGGCAGAAAGACGACCUCAGCCCAGACCUACAGUGGCAGAAAGACGGCGCUGAUGGUAGGAUUUUUUUUUUAUACAUCCCUCAACUCCUGCCGUGUCAACAGACAUUCCCCAAACCAAAACCCCCUGCUUCUCGGAGAAUGACAGUACAGCUGGUAAAUAGUCGCCCGGCCUGCAACAAGGAGUCACUAGAGCAUGAUGGGACAAAGACAUCCCGGCCAGCCAAACCCUCCUCUAACCCGGACGACGCUGGGCCAAUUGUGCGCCGCCUCAUGGGUCUCCCGGUCGGCUACCCGGGUCUGUAGUGAAGAAGCAGUAGUGCAAUUGUCAAAAUCCAUUGUAACGCCUCACAUAUCUGGUAUGGCAUUUUUCAUCACAGAAUUCGACGUUUUGAAAGUAAUGCUGCCACAAGUAUUGGGAAUAGUAUGGUCUUCUUUGACUCUAGCACCGGUGCAUAUUAGUGCUCUUCAAAUGGGGCCCCUUCGUAAGUGUGUUUUGUAGGCACCAACCUGAGACUCAGCCUAUUGGUCUACUUAGUCUCGUGUCAACCUGCCUCAAAGGCUAGCAACAGCAGAUCGACUGAACGCCUGCCUUCCUCCUUCCUCUCUUUCUCCCUCUCUGUCUGUGUAUAAUAAAAUGUGCAGGGCCAGGGAUCCAUAUUUGAUGGCUUGGUGUUGACGGCCCAGGAAUGUGUUGUGUGAUGGAUGUCAGUCUGCAUGGAAUAUGUGGGAUUCUUGUUUACAGGCCCCUGCGUUCUGUACUUUCCGCCCCUGGAUCACUCCAAAUGGAUCUGCCUCCGCUAGCUCCGCUGCACUCAGAACUCUGCUAGCUCGCUAACGCCGCCGCGAUGGACAUAUGUGUUUCUUUCAACAAUUGUCACACUAAACUUCCACAUUUAUCAGAGUUAAUUUGCCUCCCAAACCACCUCCUCAUCAUUUAUUCACAGUAGCGUUCGAUUAUGUUUUUUUCGGCAGUCGACGCGUACAGAAUGACUUUUUGGCGUGAAGGUCUCCUCUCCUAAAAGAUGUAAGCGCCCGGAGGAAUGAUGAUGACCGAACGCCCUGCCUUUUGUGUUUUGUGGGUCAUUCUUAUGAACAAAAAUUGAUUAUUAUCCCGUUGUUAUGAACACAGAUGGAUCUGCCGUGUGGAGUGGGAUGAUACGUGUGCCCUUGCAUACUAGGUCAAAUAUGUGAUUACAGCUUGGGCUGUAAAGGACUAAUCGUCAUGUAGCCUAGCUGUGGCAGACAGACAGACAGACAGACAGACAGAGGGGGUUGUACUGGAAGAGGUGUUUUGUUGGAUCAGGGCAGCAGGGGAGGGACACCCCCAGUAGCAAUGCCAAAGUGGUCUGAAAGGCUGAAGGAUGCUGUCCAUUUGAACUGCGCUGCUAUCUGCCACCCAUACUUCAAUUGUACUAACUUGUUGUACUAACUUUCACUUCUGAGUAAUGCAGGGCUUGACGUCCAAUAGGAAAUAAACUGGCUAACACUUUCAUACAUUUUGACUUAUUUUCUUAUAAAUAGUACCAAGUGUAAUGCAACUUCCCUGUCAUUACAAACAGCAUAGCCUGCAUCUUUGAACAAAACCCAAAGGAACACAUGGUUUUCUUUGUCUCGCAGCAUGUGGUGUAAACAAGGCACCUACUACAAGCACACUGCCUGAGAUUAAUGGUAAACCAGACUUGACUGCCUUGUGCUAAAGCAUUGGAACAUUCCCAGUACAACAUGCCGUCUUUCCACUUUCUUCAGUUACAUGUUCUCACGGUCUAUGACCUCAUCACCAAAAUAUAUAUACAGUGGGGAGAACAAGUAUUUGAUACACUGCCGAUUUUGCAGGUUUUCCUACUUACAAAGCAUGUAGAGGUCUGUAAUUUUUAUCAUAGGUACACUUCAACUGUGAGAGACGGAAUCUAAAACAAAAAUCCAGAAAAACACAUUGUAUGAUUUUUAAGUAAUUAUUUUGCAUUUUAUUGCAUGACAUAAGUAUUUGAUCACCUACCAACCAGUAAGAAUUCCGUCUCUCACCGACCUGUUAGUUUUUCUUUAAGAAGCCCUCCUGUUCUCCACUCAUUACCUGUAUUAACUGCACCUGUUUGAACUCAUUACCUGUAUAAAAGACACCUGUCCACACACUCAAUCAAACAGACUCCAACCUCUCCACAAUGGCCAAGACCAGAGAGCUGUGUAAGGACAUCAGGGAUAAAAUUGUAGACCUGCACAAGGCUGGGAUGGGCUACAGGACAAUAGGCAAGCAGCUUGGUGAGAAGGCAACAACUGUUGGCGCAAUUAUUAGAAAAUGGAAGAAGUUCAAGAUGACGGUCAAUCACCCUCGGUCUGGGGCUCCAUGCAAGAUCUCACCUCGUGGGGCAUCAAUGAUCAUGAGGAAGGUGAGGGAUCAGCCCAGAACUACACGGCAGGACCUGGUCAAUGACCUGAAGAGAGCUGGGACCACAGUCUCAAAGAAAACCAUUAGUAUCACACUACGCCGUCAUGGAUUAAAAUCCUGCAGCGCACGCAAGGUCCCCCUGCUCAAGCCAGCGCAUGUCCAGGCCCGUCUGAAGUUUGCCAAUGACCAUCUGGAUGAUCCAGAGGAGGAAUGGGAGAAGGUCAUGUGGUCUGAUGAGACAAAAAUAGAGCUUUUUGGUCUAAACUCCACUCGCUGUGUUUGGAGGAAGAAGAAGGAUGAGUACAACCCCAAGAACACCAUCCCAACCGUGAAGCAUGGAGGUGGAAACAUCAUUCUUUGGGGAUGCUUUUCUGCAAAGGGGACAGGACGACUGCACCGUAUUGAGGGGAGGAUGGAUGGGGCCAUGUAUCGCGAGAUCUUGGCCAACAACCUCCUUCCCUCAGUAAGAGCAUUGAAGAUGGGUCGUGGCUGGCUCUUCCAGCAUGACAACGACCCGAAACACACAGCCAGGGCAACUAAGGAGUGGCUCCGUAAGAAGCAUCUCAAGGUCCUGGAGUGGCCUAGCCAGUCUCCAGACCUGAACCCAAUAUAAAAUCUUUGGAGGGAGCUGAAAGUCGGUAUUGCCCAGCGACAGCCCCGAAACCUGAAGGAUCUGGAGUAGGUCUGUAUGGAGGAGUGGGCCAAAAUCCCUGCUGCAGUGUGUGCAAACCUGGUCAAGACCUACAGGAAACAUAUGAUCUCUGUAAUUGCAAACAAAGGUUUCUGUACCAAAUAUUAAGUUCUGCUUUUCUGAUGUAUCAAAUACUUAUGUCAUGAUUGAGUGUGUGGACAGGUGUCUUUUAUACAGGUAAUGAGUUCAAACAGGUGCAGUUAAUACAGGUAAUGAGUGGAGAACAGGAGGGCUUCUUAAAGAAAAACUAACAGGUCUGUGAGAGCCGGAAUUCUUACUGGUUGGUAGGUGAUCAAAUACUUAUGUCAUGCAAUAAAAUGCAAAUUAAUUACUUAAAAAUCAUACAAUGUGAUUUUCUGGAUUUUUGUUUUAGAUUCCGUCUCUCACAGUUGAAGUGUACCUAUGAUAAAAAUUACAGACCUCUACAUGGAAAACCUGCAAAAUCGGCAGUGUAUCAAAUACUUGUUCUCCCCACUGUGUGUGUGUAUAUGUAUAUAUAUAUAUAUAUAUAUAUGUGUAUAUAUAUAUAUAUAUACACACUGUAUAUGAGAGAGAGAGUCUCUGCCAUGCUGUUUGAUGCUCUGGGGAGCUUUCCUGGCAUUUUCAGCUGAACUGCGGAUGCACCCAGCCCCAGCCAUGCUGAUCUCAGACACUUUCCAUUUUCGAACCUCUUCCGCCGCCGCUGUGUUAACCAGCCCCCACGGGGAGCUCCUCUCCUCACAGGCAGACAGACAUACAACAACAAAAAAAUCGUUUGGGCCCUCCAUUUCCGCUGGGUGAACUCAGGGGAUUGGGAGUGAGGUGGGUGGUGAAAGUGUUUGUACAUUUUUUUUAUUUUCUCUGGCACUGUCAGCCACUGAGCAGGUUGGUUCAUCCUCUUCUGCCUGUUUACAUCCCCUUCCAUCCCUCCGUGCCGCAAAUCACGCUGGCUAAACCAAGUGGCCCAGCUAUUUGUCCAGUGUAGCAAAGGCCUCCUUAAUAGUUUUUUAGCGGGCGCGGUGGACACCACUGGUGAUUUGUGUAGGUAAAAAGAAGCUGCCAGUGUCACCUGGCAACCAUGCACAGCGCCAGGGCAAGACACUGCUCACGCUUCAGGAGUCGCGCAAAACAAUGUCUGGGGCUGCAGCUAAUCAUUACACUGUUAGGGUCAGACAGAAUGAAUGCAAUGCAUCCACGGACCACGGUUAUCAUUUGCCAUAUUAAUGGGCAGGCGUGUUAGGCCUAUUUCUCCAUUACAUAUUGUUUAUUUCACCUAUUCAUUUAUAUAUGUGUGUAAAGUGUUAGUUUGAGGUGUGACAGAUAGUAGGGCUGUAAUUAGAGUGGAACAGACAUACAGCAAACAGACAGCGUUUGUCCAAAAUGGCACCCUAUUCUCUAUAUAGCGUACUACUCUUGACCAGGGCCCUGGUCAAAAGUAGUGCUCUGCAUAGGAAAUAGGGUGCCACUUCAGCCGUAAUAGGGUGCCACUUGAGACGUAAUCAAGAGUUCAUGGUGAGAGCAGUCAGUGAGAGACUAGUAGUGUAGAGAGGUAGCAUGCAGCAGCUGUCUAGCUGACUUUGAAUGGGGUCAAGGCAUUCUGUAUUCUACGCUUCCUCUCUCCUCCUCGAGAUCUCUAGCAGCCUUGCACCUUCCAUUAGCCGGAGAAGACAUUGUGUCUGUCGCUCAAUCCGUCGGCAGUCUGAAUACUGCUGAUCCAUGCUGAUGACUCUUGCGGGAUUAUCACUGUUAGCAUCGGCCAUCUGUUACGCUGGUGUGGCGGAUAAUAAAAGGAACUACGCACUGACACACACACCGACCAACCUGGCUACAUCGGGAGGAAAGGAAGAAAACACACGUACACACACACACCCACGGUCACAGGGAGCAUAGACAUGGCAUUUCCCACUGUAAACACCAGGCCUAAUGAUCUUAUGGCAUUUCAAUGAUCAGUGGCAUUUGGAGGUGUGCAAGAUUUGCACCUUGUUUUCCUGAAGAAAAACGAUGAGUCUGUUUACAAGCACAUCAAAUUGUCUGAAGGAAGGGGCAUUACUUUUUAUUUGCAGCAUGGCAGGCACUCCAGGCAGGCAGCUGCAUUGUGCGAGGGGUGAUAUCUGCAGAACGUGACUUUGAUUCAGGCAGAGACAUUUCUCCUAUAAAUCAUCUCCUGUACAUUAGCAUAGAUGGCUGCUUCUAUGGGAUCUGCAGCCUGCUGUUAGGAAUGUGUGUCUCGCAUGCUGUCAGGGGCUCAAGAUGGGUUGCACGUACACACUCCCAAGUCAAAUUAAUAUAACUGCUCACGUUGAGGUGGUUCUAUAGCAGCCGCAAUACCAGCACCCCUGUGCCAUACACAUGAAUCACCUAUAAAAUCAAGCUAAUGCUACCGCUAAACCCAUUCUAAUAUCUGAUCAUUAAGGAAGGAUUGGCCUCUUAAAUGCAGAAAAUGCUGUCCUGCAUUAGGCUGUUUCUCAUAUUUUGUUUUCAAUUCCCUCGAAUGUUAUGUUUAGUUAGUAAUGGGGUUUGCGGGAUUGUUUAAGGAAACACCUGUUUCUGUGAUUAUUUUUCUGUUGACAGAGUGAAGCCCCUGAGACACACGUCCGUUGUCUUGUGCAGCACAAAUGAUUAUUGCCCAAGAGGAAAUCAUUUCUGCAACAUUUCACAAAAUAAUGGAGAAGUGGGCAGACAUUUAUGAAAGAUGAAGUGUGUGUGUGUGAGUUAAAUGUGUAAGUCACACUUCUAUUUAAAUCUAAUAUUUUCUCAUUCAGAGCAUUAAUAUUUCAUAUUUGAUCUUGAUUAUUUAGCCUACCUUCUGCCCAGUUAUAUUAAAAUGUGUUUGUUGGUUUGUUCAAUCUUCAUGAAAUUCAGGAAUAAAUAAUACUAUCUUAAAGAAUAGGUAGGCUAGAUUGUUUCUUUAUGAUUAAGACUUUCGAUUAGAAUAUGGACACACGCACACUGCAGCGUGGUCUUCCCAGUGGCGCACGGCUGUAGCUUUCAUGUCAUUUGCGUCGUCUCAUCAGUGUUGUCGGUGCGGUGGAGGCGAUGAGGGACGUUACUUGAUAUUCAGCGGAUAGCUUUGUCUCCCAGAUUGAAUCACCAGCAGGCCUAGCUGCCUCCGCUGCAGAGGACAGUCACCGGGGAGAUUUAGAAAGGGUUCAUGAGACAAUAACAAAGAAGCUAAGACUGCAAAAGCACAAUCUGGAAGCCUGUGUUAAAAGGGGAUUUUCUGAUGUGGUCUUUUGUGAAACACAAUUAAGAGAAGUGGCAUAAAUAAUCUACAAGCUGGGAGAUAUAGGGGGGUGAUGAAAUCAGGAAAGAUUACAUCUAAAGAAUCUCUGUCUACGUCUUCAUUUGGAUGAUGGGCAGAGCUACUGUGGUCUGUGUCAACAUAGAGAAUGGUAGAGAUGGAUUAAUGAUAGCUCUCUGCAAAUCUAACUGUAGGAGAAGAUUUGGAAUGGAGCCACCAUCAGUGUUUUAACUGUAGAUAUUAGAAAAAAGUCUGCUGCAUUGUGAGCUGUGAAUGAUUUCAAUUAUUCCUGUGAAAACUGUCCAUGGUAAAGCUUUAAAAUGUUCGUUAACAAUCAAGUCUUGUCUCCUGUAAACCCAAGAGGGUCCUCACUCUCUCUCUCCUCUCUCUCUCUCUCUCUCUCUCUCUCUCUCUCUCCUCUCUCCUCGUCUCUCUCUCUCUCUCUCUCUCUCUCUCUCUCUCUCUCUCUCUCUCUCUCUCUCCUCUCUCUCUCUCUCUCUCUCUCUCUCUCUCUCUCUCUCUCUCUCUCUCUCUCUCUCUUCUCUCUCUCUCUCUCUCUCUCUCUCUCUCUCUCUCUCUCUCUCUCUCUCUCUCUCUCUCUCUCUCUCUCUCUCUCUCUCUCUCUCUCUCUCUCUCUCUCUCUCUCUCUCUCCUGUGUGUGUGCGGGCGCACGUACACGUAGUGUGUAUGUCCAUAAUAUGUGAUAAAAUACUUCUCCAUAUUUUCCCUGUUGCCUCAGUGGGUUCGUUUAGGAGAUUCUCUGGCCAGUGGCCUUUGCUAAGAAGAGAUAUUGUUCAGGGGGUAAUUCACUUGUGCGAGGGCGGGAGUCUCAGUGGGGUGUGUGGUGGCAGUGCCUGUUUUUUCCCCCUUACUCUUUUCUUCCCUUGCCUUUUACAAGUGUGUUGAUUGGAUUGUGUUUGACAGAUAUGGAGUCUGGAGAGCGGCUGGCCUCCCCAUCGUCAGCCCCGUCUUCCCUGCACAUCACCUCCUCCACUGUCUCCUCCGCCGGCUACUCCCCAGCCCCUGCCUCGGCCAAGACGCCCUCCUCCAAGUGCAGCCUCACCCCCAGCCCUGCCACCCUGGGCUCCCCUCUCACCACCUGUGGUACGUACAGACUCUCUCUGUCGCACACUGAUGCAAAGAUUAAUCACGUUACAUGCAAACACACUGGCUGCAAACAUAAACAUAAUGCAAAUAUUUGUGAUGCUUUAUUCCCCUCUAGCUCGUCGUAUUUUAUUAUUUUCCGACUGGAAAUGAAACAAGGAGAGAGCAUGCCUGAGUGUUAAUUAUGAGGGAUCAUUAAGAAAAGCAUCGUCUUCCACUUUUUAUUUCCUGACUGUGGGUAGAAGAAAAAAAAUAAUCUGUUGCAUUAAUGAAUGCCAACAAUUCAAAACCCUCUCUGUUAAAGAAUGUUGUGCACCCUCUUGGAUUUCUCUUUACAACCUUUAACUCCAGUUUAGUCAGAAUGUGACGGGUCUGUCAGCCACCCAGAGAGUGCUGCUGCCGCUGCCUUUAAUAUGUUUUCUCUGAAUACUAAUUGUGGUCAAAGCCAUUAUGCAGCGAGCAGCAGUGAUGCAUAAACUGUCAGAUUAUCCUGACCAGAAAAUAAAAUGCAAAUUUAUCACAAACUGUGAUUUGUGAUUUUUCUCUCUUUCUUUCAUGAUAAGAAUUGCCAAAAAUGUGUGUGUUUUUCUCAUGCUGUUACAAUGAAGAAGUCAUUAGAGAUUCCUCCAAACAAGCUAUUUUGGACGUAAAGCUGGAAUUAAAUGUCGAAAGCAUAGUGGCACCUCUGAAGUCACAUUGCGGUUAUGAGAAUAAAGCAAAUUGAGUUAUUUUGAGUGAUUUCUCAUCCCCUCCCCCGGUGGAAAGCAUAGUGAAGAUAUUACAUCUCCUGUUUUGGUCACACUUUCUAAGUGAUUGAAUUACACUUGCAUGCUAUACUUAUGGUAUUAAUUCAUUAAAUUACAGUUAUCUCACGCAGUACUUUUCGGGUUGUUGCGAUGCAAUUUUUAGAUACAAAUUCUCAAUCGGCUUCAGAGAUUACUAACUAACCUGUUUAGGUUGAAAUGGGGGAAAAGGUGUUUCAUUUCAUAGUGCUUUGAAUCGAUAAUGGAUUGGAAAAUUUGUCUUUAAGCUCAUACAUUGUUCCACUGACGGGCUUGAUUGAAAUCUGAAAUAAAGAGUGCUUUAUCUGGCAGUGAAAUGGAUGAUAAGAAGAUAAUUAAUCGGUACAGUUCUUUUAAGGUCUCAGAUGCAAUUAAAAUGUAUAUGUUGUUUGAUUUGAAUUGACGACAAGGAAAUUAACUCACUUAAUAUUUAGCAUUUCCAUGGCAAACUUGUGUGUAUGCCUAACUAACAUAUCUCUACAUAUUUUAGGCCUACAUCAGUUACUUUCUUAAUACCAAAAUGUCUGGGAAAUAAAAUGACAGAAAUGACAGGAAUUACCUGCAGAUAAUGUAGACAUUACGCACUUUCAUUUGUAUAGUUGUGUGUGAAUGUUUUUUUGAAAAAUGGGAAAGCUGAAAUCACAUGCUGUAAAUUGUAAGCGAGCUGUUUGGAAGAGCUAGUGCACAAGGUGGGUUUAUAGACCAGUCACAAACCCAGUGUCAGACCAUGAAUGCGUCAAUAUAGAUCGAAGUAGAAUGCAUAAAGUGAGAAGAGGGAUCAGUAAUGGAGCAUUACAAGAACCCCACGUUAUAUCCUGGCGGGAUUUUUACAGCAGCUCUUUAUAUUUAUUUUCAACUCUUUUAUAUUCAUUUUAAUAUAAAGAGUUGAGCUUUUUUUGUUUAUUCUUCAUCCGUAUGUCAUUAUACCUAGUGAAAAUAAACAGACUAAUAUUAUUAUAAUAAUACAUUGACUUAAUUGUAUUUUAGGAUGUACGUUGACAGUUUUAUUUCUUUGAGGGAUUUAGUAAUUUUAUGAGGAAAUGUGUUCAGUCAUCUUUUUGAUUCAUGCCCAUCACCUGGCACAUGGUACUGCCUGUUUGAACAGCAGGCGCAAGCUUCUUUGCAUGUCUGUGGCGCUAAUUGAGUUUCCAUUAAAUAUGGUACUUCGGUACUCUCUAGUCUAUCUGACUGCGAGAGAGGACAACGUGGCUCGUCUCGCCAACACGGACAUAGACUGUUGUGAAUAUUGAAUUAAUUUCAUUUAGUUUUUUUUGCUAGGAUAGUCCACUCAGUAACAAUUGCCACUGUUUUCCCGGGAGUCCUGGGAAGUAGUGAUCAGAAAGAAGCACUCUAAUGCUCCAAAAUGUCCCAUUCACACUGAUGCACUCUAAGCACAAAAUCUCUGUUUGGUCAGCCUUCAGAGAGUAGUGGAGAAACAGGAGUGAUCUGUCAGGUGCAUGGAGGAGGAAACCUGGGAUUGCAUUAUCAGCUGUCCAAAUGUCCUGCGCCAAUUUCAAAAUACAGGAAAACCCCAAACAUCCUUGCAAAUAGGCCUACCUUGUAGUUUUUUCACCCACCAAACCAUAUGCAGUGGCAAGAUUCUGCAAAAUGUUAAUGAUGCAAUUUUUGUUUAUUGCUAUUGUCGUAUUCAAACACUAGCAAUAGCACCAGGCAUGAUGAUCUCUCUCUGAAUAGAAUCCCAACAGCCUCUUACAACCAUGUCUCAUAUUUGCUAAAGCAUGUUUGAACAGAUCAAGCAGAAUCCGUUGGAGUCUUUUUCCUUUACACCCACUAACCAGCGUCUGUAUUGAUAAUACAUAAAACAUUCUCUCUUUCAACCAGAGGAUGUUCUAACAGAUCCUUAAGGAGACUUCAUCACGAGAUUAAACAUUAACAAUCAUACGGAUUCAUUAUUUAGCUGUGGUAUUUCACCUACAUGGCUAAUGUAUAUUUUAUUGAAAUCGUACGCGUACUUCAAUUUGUCGUCUUCCUACUUCCUUCUCGUCUAGGAGACUUAUUCCGGGCGGCGGGCGAUCAUCAUUUCAACAUGUCUACAGUCUCAAGUGCCUUUCCCAUCACCAACCACCCAGCGUUUGGUCUGUACACUACCAGCUCAGGGCACUCUGAGUUUGGAGGCCUGGGGUCCUUGGGGAUGUCUGCUGUCUUGGCUGCUCACUCCCAGCUAGGAGCCUUUCCAGGUAUGGGAGCCUUUCCAGGUAGGGUAGCAUUGAGUACAAUCCUUUCUAAAAUAGAUACACUAUCCUAAGUUUAAAUCUAGUAAUCAGUGGUUUAGUUAGGGAUUUUACAAGCUGUAAAUGCAUCAGUACCUCACACUGUGAAUCCCAAAUAUAAGACCCUAUUCCUUAUAUAGUGCACUACUUUUGACCAGGGCCCAUUCGGAAAGAAAUAGUGCACUACAUAGGGAAUAGGGUCCCAUUUUGGUACACAAACACAGUAAUUCAUUCUGCCUUCGGGGAGCUCCCAGAAUGUAUGGUUAGCCCCAGCCAACUCCCACAGAGAGCCCAGCUAGCAUGCAUCACCUUUAUGGUAUCGUCCAUCAGUUCAAUAGGCAGCAUUCAGACUGUGACGUUUAUAGAUUGGGAAGGUUCAUAGGACCACCUUGACCUCAGAGAAAAAAAUAUUGGACACUAUCACACUUUUGAAGUUAAAUGUUUUGUGGCGUUACAUGAUUUUUUUGCUGUCAUACUCAGAGGAAAAUUGUCUUGGUUAGCCUUCAGGAACAGUAGACAGUAUACGGAGCUUGUGAAUAUGAAACCAUACUUUUUAGACAUUGUAAUGUUCUUAACAAAAAAACAUUUAAUUUAGUUGUACUAGUCUAGAAUCAUAUGAAUCAGGAGUGUCGUUUUCAUCUUCAUCAAGCGGGAAGGAAGGAAGGAAGGAAGGAAGGAAACAAACAUUCUGAAUUGCUUUUAGCCAUUUUAACGGGAAAGAGAGUUUCUGCGAGGCUGUGUUUUUGCAGCUGUGAAAUAUCCAAAUGUGGAGCCAUCCUCUGGAAUGAGCUCAUAUAGUCUGUUUUUAAUUUACAAAUUCAUAACAUGUUUACAAUAAAAGGGGAUGAAAUCAGUCAGUGGAAUCCAAUGGUCAUCUGCUGAGAUCUCUGUUCAAAGAGAAACAGAAAGGUUGAACAGCAGAAACCCUGACUGUCUGAAACAGUGUGUCAUCAUAGAUAACUGUGAAAUCAGCCUGCAUGGAUUCUCUCCCCUCUCCCUCUACACCCCAGAAUGGUGGCGGGCAGCUGAGGCUCAGGGGCGUGGAGCUGCAGCCUUCUUCCCCCAUCUCCUGGGGCUCCCGCCCAUGUUCCUACCACAACUCCAGCAGAACCACGACCCCAGCCCCUUCCAGGCCCACACCCCCAGCAAGAACGGACGAGCCACUGCCAAAGGUAGACGGACAGAAAGACAGACUCACUCACGUUCUCACACUCACAUACACACACACACACUGCUGCCAUAUGUUUUCCCUACUCUGCAAGCAAUUUAAUGAAGCAAGGAACUUUUCCCCAUAAAAGAGAAUGAUGUCCUUAUGGGCACAGGUACAAUAUCAAAUAUGUUUAAUUGACCUUGGAGGCAAUAGGAAGACCUUGUAAAUGCAUAAUUCAGUUGUAAGCAGGUGCCGGGUGUCUCACGACUGAAUAUGUUAACCGGGAGAUCCUCUCACUAAUAUAAUGAGAUUUUUCCUAUUCGUAAGUGCUUUGGCAAUUUCUGAUAACUCAUCAUUUUACAGAACUCUCUUGUCCUCUCCAUUAUUUUCCUCCUCAUGCUCACUGUACUAAAAUGGUUGUUCCUAAUGCAUAGUUAUCUAACAGUGUGUUUUGUCCUGCCCAUAGGAGUGAAUGGAGCAGUGAAUGGCAGCAGUGUCUCCACUGUGUCCGGGGGAAGCUCCACCACCGCCACUAUGUUCUCAACACAGGGGAACACAGAGAAACUGAAAGGCACCAACAACGGCAGUGGCAAGAUCCGCAAGAGCCACCAGGACAUGAACCAAGUGAAGGAGAAAACUAAAGAGAAAGUUAGUAGGAAACACCAAACGCAAAUCUGGCAACUAAUAAUAAUUAGGGCUUACUCAGGAAAAACAUGUCCAAAAAAGGACUAGGUUGUGGUAAACAUAUCUGGCAGUGUUAGUAUCCCACAAGGGUGAAUGCGAUCUAGACAGACAUUUUUGGGACAAUCGAUCGUGCGCUACAGUGGGUUUAUGGGUGAACUGAGUUGGACUCCCUGCAGCUGAUAUGAGUUUGUUGGAUUGAGACAUCUGAGAUGUUUGCUAUGGUAUUAUGCUACCCUAUUGACUGAAAUGACUCCAUCACUGUUCCCCGUUAAAGGAACUCGGCAAGAAACCGCUGGAGUCGUCCAGCAACAGUGACAGCGAAUCAGGGUCCUCCUCUGAUAUCUCCAGCGAAGGGUUGAACAGCAGUGACUCAGAUGACCUAGACGACGACGAUCAGAGCAACGACAGCGAUGAUUCUAACUCUGCGAAGGAGAGCGUAAAGAGGACGAUUAAGGUGUGUUUCACUGUCACGUUAACUUUCAGACUUAAGGUACGGUCGAACUGUCCGUGUUGGCUUGUUAGAACUUAGUAGCCAUAUCUGGACUCAUGCGUACACUAUUUUUACAUCAAAUGUCUGUAUGGUUUGUCUUUUGAAAUUGUUCUACUUUCCUCUUUGUUCUAAGCACACCGUGAUGCUCUCUAUAAUCAAAUUAUUUUAAUGAAUGAAUUUGAAUUUCAGUUAAAUGUCAAAGGCAGCUCCAAUGGUGGGUGGCGCGCUGGGUGUCCGACCUUGCUGCCCAUCAGGGCUGUCGUUGUGGGCUGGGUGAGUCAGAGCUGACAUGGCACUGUCCUCAUCUCUCCUACUCCUCCCCCUCUUCUCUCUCUCAGGGCCUGACACAGAGCCCUGCCGACAGCAAGAAGAAGAGACCCCGUGCCGCUGAAGGCGAGAAGGCUCGGGAUGCUUGGGACAGCCGGACUGGUCUGCUGCAGAAACAUCCAGACGAGGCCUUUCUCCACUCUCUACACUACCCGCUCCAGCCCUCACAACAGCCCCCAGCGCUGCCUCAGUCCAUGGCCCUAGUCUUCCAGAGGUCCAGGAGCAGGGAGGAAGAACUGAAGCAACAUACCAGUGUGAUCCAGGCCACAGGGCGGGCCAGUACUAAACCUUUGGCUCUGGUCACACAACCACACAGGGAGGCCUCAUCUUCUCCUCAACCCACCAGACCCUUCUCCCUCUCCUCCUCACCCAAACCCUUGUCUCUUUCUGCUUCACCCAAACCCAACGCGGUCUCUUCCUCUCCCAAGCCCCUCUCCCUUUGCUCCUCACAUAAGCCCCUCAGUUCCUCUCCUAAGCCCUUGUCUCUGUCCACCUCGUCCAAGCCUCCCUCUCUGUCUUCCUCCCCCAAACCACCCACCCUCUCGCCCUCACACAAACCCAAAUAUCGAACGGCCUCCCCCAAACCCCCCACCCUGUCUGACAGUAUGAAGGCGGGCGGCAGAACCUUCUUGGAUGAAACCUUGUUACACAUCAACAACUUUAAAUUGAAACAGGUGAGUCUGGUGUUCUGCUGUAUGCAAAUUAUUUGCCUUUUCAUUGUUUUGUACGUGUGUGUAAUGGUCUGUUUUCCACUCAUUAAAAGAAGACUAUUUGAAUGAAGUCUUAAUGCUGACAUACUUUUUUUGCCGAACACGCCUUAGAAUUUCGGAUAUGGAUAUUUAAUAUCUCCCAUUUCUUUUUGACUAUCAUUGUUUCUGACGUGCAGAUUUGGAAAGGUCAGCUGGGUUCCUCUCCACAGGAAAUGAAACGUCUAAGCACUGUUAUCAGCAGUUUGAUUGUGUUUCAUGUCGGCUCGCCUUGUACACGACUGAAAGUGACAAUGCAGUUAGCUUUAUUGGAAAUACUUCACUAAAGCUGACACGCAAUUAACUCAGUAAUGCUUUAGGAAGCCCGUUGCUAUCCCGUUGUUAUCAAAAUGGAAAAACCGUCCUUUUUCAAAGGAUUCAAUUAUUAUUGUUAAUCUGAACAGUGGUGAUAGCGUGUCAAUCUAUAACAAGACCUUUGCAACGGGAUUUUAGUACAGCUGGAGUUUAGUAGAGGUAUCUCAAAAAAGGAAGUUGACAGCUAAGCCCAGAAAACUGAACAGAACAAAUUAGCAAGGAUUGUGCCAAACAGCUUUGUGUUCUUUGUAUACCUUUUUCGACACUGACUUGCUUUGAAUAUACUUCAUUGUCAUUCUCACUGAGCAAUAAUACAAGUGCAUUCCUUAUUACAACCUCCUCCAUUCACAAUCUGCAUUAAUGGAAAUAACUGACGUCCCGUAUAAUUACUUCCAUUCUAUUCUUCAUCUCUCCUUUAGCCCUUCCUCUCCCAAGAGCACUUCAAACAUGCCUUCCCUCUGCCACUGACCCAUCAGGAUCUGUUCAAGAGCCAGAAGAAAAAUAAAAUGGCUGACUCAUCAUCUUCGUCACUACCACCGCCCAAACUGUCUCCAGAGACCCUGAGCAGUCACACGCUCCCUUCUCCACACACCAAUAACUCCAACCUGUUCCUGGCCACCUCCUUCCUGGGCCCCCACCCCAAUGGGGUGAUCCAUAGCACGGUGCAGGAUGCCCCCCUAGCCCUCAUCACCAAGCCUCGCGGCAUCAGUCAGAGCACCCACAACAAGUCUCUUCUGGCUGCCACUAGCCCAUCCUUCUCCAUGCCUGUCAACCUGAGCACUGGGACCAAGGAGCACAGCUCCGGAGCCCUAGGCCUGGCCUCUACCUCACCGGACCUGGCCCACAGAGCUGGGAAGAGCAAGGACCAGCACAAGGCUCUCCACGAGGGGAAGGAUGUCUCCCAGUCCCAGACCCACCUGGUGCAGUCUCUGGUGGAGCUGUUCCGGGGCACAGAGUCGGACAUCCCCAAUAGCAAGGACUCGGAUGACUCCUUAGAGGAUGAUGAAGAUGACGAUGAAGAUGAUGACGAGGAUUCCGACGACAGCCUAUCAGGUUAGUCAGUUGAACACGUUAAUGUAAUGCAAUGGGGGAACAGCACUUCAUUCUGGUGUUACUUUAAAUGCUUAAUCGCCUCGUCAGAUACAGAUUCAGUAGAUACUCUAAAGCGUUUCCUUCAACAGGCCUGUGGUUUUUAGGGUCUUGCGUCCCAAAUGGCACCCUAUUCCCUACAAAGUGCACUACUUGAAUGUAGUGCACAAUAAAAGGAAUAGGGUGCCAUUUGGGCUGACGCCUAUGUGUGGUUUGAUGCAAGAUGAAUGUUAAUUGAGAUAUGACUUAUCAAGUCCUCCACUCCCACUGGUGUCCCCUGCAGAGUCUGAGAGUAAUGUGGAGAGCGACUCGGACGGCUCUGAGGACGACGUGAAGGACCGCAACGAGGCCACCACGGACCCGGAUACAGAGAGGACCCCUCUGAAGCUCACCAAAGGUUCCUCUUCUCUACUCAACAACACCUCCUCCAGCCUCUCAGCCAGCUGCUCCCCGCUCAACCUCCAGGUCUUUAAGGCAGCCAGUGGCCUGCCCACCCCAGCCAUAGUGACCAGCUCUGGGGCCUUGGCCUACCACAGCACCCCCUCCUCCUCCUACACUCUCUGCUCCACUCCACCAGGUACCAAUGGAACUCUCAGCUCUGCUCUGCUCUCUAACCAGUGCACUACUCUCAUGGGUUACGUCCCAAAUGGCACCCUAUUCUGGUCAAAAGUAGUGUACUAUAUAGAGGAUAGGGUGCCAUUUGGGAGGAAAUGUGCAGACUGUUAUCUCCUUCUUCCAUUUGCUUAGUCAGAUCACCCAGUCCAGUUCAGGGGAAACAAGGCAGGUUUUUUCCCCACCAGGAAAACAUUGUUCAGCUAAUCUCUCAGAGCAAAAUGAGAUCUCUGAUUGAAAGUGUUUGCAUCCAUUGUUUUGAUGACCCAGAGCAGGCAUUUGAGUCUGUAGUUUACCCUGGCUGGCAUAUGUUUAACCUGUUAUUGUAGCAGCAAAAACACUGGACUGGCUCAGACCACGUGAUUACUGCAGUCUGAGGGCCCGUCCCAAAUGGUACCCUAUUCCCUAUGUAGUGCAGUACUUUUAACCAGAGCCCUGUGGGUCCUGGUCAAAAGUAGUACACUAAAUGGGAAAUAGAGUUCCAUUUGGGAUGUAGCCUGAGUCUCUUUUUCCUAAAUGCUGCAUGCUGGAAUCUUUUUAGUUUUCAUUCCAUUCCUGUAUAAUCAUUCCUAGCUCUAUUCCUUGAUAUCUGUUUUGAUAUGGUCAAUUUGACAAGCUAUUAGUAAUGCUGCAUUGAUGUGCCAUUUUUAAAAGCAAAAGUGGUUAAAAGGACCCUAUGGUUUUGCCGUGGUGAAUGUUUCUUUGAAUAAAACAAUCGAACCUAACAGUCUGAAAUGUUCUUGAAGGCCCAAUUGUAUGGAGGGUGGAGUUUUCGAGCCACUGUUUCCCCCUGGGUAGCUGAAUUGACGCAGGGUUUUCUUAUUUUAGAGUAAGGGCACCUCUGGCAACACGACAGGGUUUCUGCAUUUGUUUCGGGUCACAGUGGAUCUGUCCGUUCUAAUGAGUCCCCUCUUUCUCCCAGGAUCAGGGAAGAGAAGGAGAGUGACAGAUGAGAGGGAGCUGCGGACGCCUCUAGCGUUUGGGUAAGCUAUAACACAAUACACACUACUCUGACUGUCACUGGUACCAUCCACUGUACAGUACAGUAGGUGGCACAGUUAGUUUUGACACAACCCUAGUACAAUAUGAUAGUGUUCUGAUUUCCUCUGUCCCUCAAACAACAUGGAUGGUGAUGACUAAAAGCAUCUCAAAGGAGCCAAAUCAUAGUGGAUCCCCAAUCAGUGAGGUUCCUUUUUCCAGAGCAGUGAUGAGACAUCGUCAACAGACGGUGGUUAGAGGGAGUACAGUAAACAACGCCACAUCCUUCUUCCCUUCCUCUAUCCCUUCCUCUAUCCCCCCCCCCCCCCCCCCCCCCCCCCCCCCCCCCCCCCCCUCCAAAGCCCAGACCUGAUUGUAGGCAGAGUUGCCAGGAAAUGAGGCGAUGCGGCAGGGAUAGUCGUGGGUUAACUACAUCCAGUCUCAAUACAGACACAAAACAUUAGCAGCUCCAGCACCAACCCACUAUCACCCCCCUAAACCCAGCACUGAUCAGGGUGUCUUUCAUCUCCCACGGAUGUUUCUCAUCAGCAGGUUCUGAGGGGAAAGAGAGGUGACAAGCCCUAUAUAUCAGUCCCCUGCUCUGCAGAAGACCCAGGUUGCAUCCCAAAUGGCACCCUAUUUCCUAUAUAGUACACUAUUGACCAGGGCCCAUAGGUCUCUGGUCAAAAGUAGUGGACUAUCACAGGAGGCUGGUGGCACCUUAAUUGGGGAGGACGGGCUCAUGGUAAUGGCUGGAGCGGGAUAAGUGGAAUGGUAUCAAAUCCAUCAAACACAUGGUUUAAUGCCAUUCAAUUUGCUCUGUUCCAGCCGUUAUUAUAAGCCGUCCUCCCCUCAGCAGCCUACACUGUGCACUAUGUAGGGAGUAGGGUGCCAUUUGGGACGCAUUCCCUAGGCCUUUUCUGUUAGGAGAUGGCAGCUGUCCAGACACACUGAGAGAAGUUUGGUGUGGUGUUCCGCUUGGCAUAUGUCCAUCCAGUAGUGUCUGAUUACUGUUGGAGUCAUACAGGGCAGCCAGGCCAUGCAGUACAGAGGCACAGCUGUAAGCAGGCUCGUUUAGAUAGUUGACCUCAACAACAUCUAGGUAUCUGCUGAAGGAUUGGCUGCUACUAGAAGAGAGUCUAACAACUCUGGCUGACAGAUUAUUAUGUAAAAUAAAAUAUACUGUAAAAGGUGGUAGCACAAAACAAAUAACUGUUAAAGUUUCCAUACAUGGACCUUUCAAAGGUACAAUACAUAGCUACAAUACAGUCCAAUUUAUACAGCACUUGUCUAGUCUCUCGUCUUUUACUGCCUAAAAAACAUUAGUGCUGUACAUGAUUUAUGGGACCUGCACUGUAUCGCUAUCUCCGACCAAUGAAUGUGAGUGAGUUCCAGUACAUGAGUUACUGAAACCUCCCUCCAUGUUAGGUGGCAGAGAGAGACACGUAUCCGUAAUGUGGUGGGCCGUCUGCAGGGAGAUGUGGUGUACUACGCUCCGUGUGGGAAGAAGAUCCGGCAGUACCCUGAUGUCAUGAAGGUAAGGUCAAACCUCACAGGUCACGAACAUCCUCUCUACUAUACCUCUCUUUUCUCUCUUCUAUCAAUCCUAAUAGAUGUAUUAUUUAAUCAUAUUUAUUACAUAUUAAUAAAAUAUACAUUUUAUUAAAUACAAUUUGUUAUUUAAUAAUAUAUUCAUUGUUGAGUAGUUUACAAUUUUCAUUGUCUCUAGAUUUUGAUCAAGAAACAUAAUUUACAUCCAAAACCAUUAAAGUUGCUGAUACUGUAAUUUACACAUAACAAUCUUUGCAUUAAUACUGAUCGUCUGUCUCACCAAAGCCUCAUUAUGUUCUUCUUUGUAGUAUCUGUCCAGAAAUGGAAUAAGUGACAUCACACGUGAUAAUUUUAGCUUCAGUGCAAAAAUAAGGGUCGGUGACUUCUAUGAAGCCAGAGAAGGACCCCAGGUGACUGUCUAAUCUAUCUAUUGAACGUUUUCUUUCCCACCAACAGAGCAGGGUCAUCCGUAGCCUAAAGUACUGUAUAUCAUGUGUUACCAUUACAUUCACAGGAAACAUUGAAUUGCUCUAUUGUCAUAUCAAGGCCAAGUGUACAGAGGAAUAGCUAGUUAAAGGGAUGGUUCAUUCAGACACUAUCGUUUAGGAUUUUGUUCAUUAGUCCACUGUUAAUACAAUCCCAAAAUGUUUUGCAUGUCAGCAGUCAGGUUUUCAAGAUAGAGCACAUUAACAACAAUUGAAUAAGAAGAACUCCAUGAUGUCGAAUUGAUUCAUACUUAAAGGCAGCAAUCACAUCAUAGAUGUAUGAAUUGAAGAUUGAAAGUAGUUUCUUUAGUCAAGAGGAACAUUUGUAUAUAUAUCAAGGAUAGUCAUACCUCAGUGUAAGUCAAUUGAAGGUUCUAACUGGCUGUCCCCCUCUCCUCUCUCCCCUCUCCUGCCGAAGGGUUUGCAGUGGAGCUUGUUGACCGAGGAGGAGGUGAUUCCUCGUAUCCUGGCCAUGGAGGGGAGGCGCGGGCGUCCCCCCAACCCUGAGCACCAGAGGACGGGUGACGAGGGCCCGCAUUCCAGGCGCAGAAAGGGCCGACGCCCCAACGUCGGCGAGGCCGACUUCCCAGACGCCAAACUUCUACGCAAACUGGAAGCUCAAGGUGGGUUCAGUUCUUGCAAAAAUCACAGAGGUUUCUGUAAUGCUUCUGUAACCUAUAGGACUAUGAACGCUAAAAAUCUCUCCUUUUGUUGCAGAGAUGGCUCGGCAGGCAGCCCAGAUCAAGAUGAUGAGGAAACUUGAAAAGCAGGCCAUGGCACGAGCCGCCAAGGAAGCCAGGAAGCAACAAGGUACAGUACGCUAGUGUUGUUGUACUGUGAAAGCUGCUUUUGUGACAAAGCCAUCCUGUUCUCUACCAUAACACAGAAAGUACAGUAUAACCCUAAUCUCAAUGUUUUCUUUCUUUCUCUGUUUCACUCUCUCUAUCUAUCUCUCAGCAAUCAUGGCUGCUGAGGAGAAGCGGAAACAUAAGGAGCGAGUGAAGAUUUUAAAGCAGCAGGUAAGGAGUUGUAUAUAGUACAACCAUUGUGUCAUGUAAUUUACAAAAGAUCACUUUUCGGAUGCAUCUGUUCACAAGGUGUUUUUGAUUGGAAAGCUUCAAACACACAUGACAUUCAGGAGUGUUUUCUUCCAGGGUGAAAAGAUCCCAAGCAGAGUUAAAUGCUUUGAAAUCUUCUCUAAAGGGAAGAUGCUAACCUUCAAGAUGCUACACUGUCUUAAUCUCCAUAAAACUACUUAUACAGGCCCCCUGUUCUAACAUGCAUGACUGUAGAUUUAAUUCAUUUGAUCUCCCCCAUCCUUUUACCAGGAGAAGAUCAAGCGCAUUCAGCAAAUUCAAAUGGAGAAGGAGCUCCGAGCGCAGCAGAUUCUAGAGGUUGGUCCAAAGCGUUAUUACAGAAAGAUUCCUUUUUGCUGUUGGUAGGACUUUUCUAAAUUAUGUGGUUGCACUUUUUCAGUUCUGUCUCCUACUUCAUGUGACUAAUGCUUAAUUGGUUUUUCACAAAGUGCCAUUGAAUAAUAAAAUCUCCUCAGACCGUGGUGGGAUUCGACACAAAAUACCAUCUCUAAGACAAUAGUCGCUAACAGUUUAGCACGAGGAGGAGAAACAGCUAUUUUUCAUGCACAGCGCUAAUAGAAGCUCCAAAGUAUUUUAGCUUUACUAAAUCAAAUUUCAGUUGACACGGUUGGCAAGUUGCUCUUAACAGGAUUCCUCUCUGCUUGUAAUUACAUAUUGAAAUGUGGCUUAAUUUAUUCAGACUGGCUGCUGGUAUUUUAUAAGCACUAAAACAAGUUUGUCUUUUUAGUGUUAAUGGGAGGAAAUAAUUAUCUCAAUGCACAAGAUUACAAUAUUUUAUGCUUGACGUUGCCAGCAACUGUAUGCUGCGAGUGGGACAAGUUUUAAUAAAUAUACGAAAAACAUUACAAAUAUAAUUUCUGGAUGAAUUUUAGGAUACAUGGGAAAUAUACCAUCCUCUUUCUGCUUCUAUCUAUGUUGGACAUAUAGUUACCUCAUUGCCUUGAUAGUGUUAGUUAGUGUAGUUAGUAGAACCAAAACAAUCUAUAUUUUGUGUCUAGCCCUGCAUGUUUGUUAUUCGUGAAAAUUGUCUUGAUUUUAGUUAAUCAAACAAUGAAACAUUAUAGCCCUUCCACCUGACAGGAAUUCACAAUUAGCUUCUAGUAGGAACUAGUGCUAAGCCUAAUCAUACACGAGCACAAAUGGAUUUGUCUGUGUAUUUCUGUCUGCCUACUGUAUUUAUAUACUGCCUAUCGGCGUAUAGUACAUGUGCUGUUGCACGAGGUGUUGAAUCUGUCGGUUGUUCUGUUGCAUGACCUGUAGACCUGUUUUGCAUGCACAGACUAAAAGGAAAAAGAAAGAAGAAUCGGCAAAUGCCAAAAUAAUGGAGGCUGAGAAACGAAUGAAGGUUAGUUUAGAUGUCCUGUUAAAAGAAUCAACCAUUAAUUUGUGGCCCACUCCUCCCACUGUUUGCCUCAGGUCAUACAACCUCUCUCUUCCCGAUUCCCAAUCUCCUCCUUGCACCUCAUUGCCUCCAAGGGACUGCUUCUCCGGGUUUAGGGAAAUCUCCUUGACACCCAGAGCAGACCUUUUCCAUGUUAAUCAGUGUCAUAAAGGACAGUGCAUUCUGUCUCUGCUUCCUGCACGUGUCUAGAAAUGGCUAUGGCAUUUCCAUUUCACAUUAGUUCCAACCUGCCCAGGCUCUUUAUGUCUGUCUGUCAAUCAGAUUAGUGAGGGAUUUGAACUUCCUGUCGAAUAAAAUAGAGAAAUCUCAUCCAUUUGUAUCAGCUGCAUUUUUUAAAUGAUGGAAAUGAGGGGUAUGUUUUGGAUUUUGAAUGUUUAUCUUUUCCCCUUUUAAAGGAGAAGGAGAUGCGAAGGCAGCAGGCAGUCAUUUUGAAGCACCAGGUAGGCAUCGCUCUCCUGCACUACAUGAUGCCCAAAGACUAUUUCCACUUUCAAUUCUACUGGAAUAUUUUUGGAAAAGGGCAAUUUAUUUAUAUAACUACUUCACAGUUCCCUGUUCAAUUCUCAAUGUCGCUUUGUUAAUUUCAGUUUUUAUGACCCUAGCUUGUCACUCUUCUUGGGGUGGGGGGGUUCUUCUUAUAUGGACGUGGUUUAUAUGAGCCUGUGAUUUCUGUUUCAUAAUACUUUGCCAACUCUUUCUACCAGGAGUUGGAGAGGCAUAGACUAGAUAUGGUAUGGGUAUGUUUAUUUUUGUACAUCUAACACCGCAUCGUGAUAUUGGUUGUGAUAUGGUUGUCAUAGCAAUGCAUAAAGUGUAGCACUGGCUGCCGUCAUACUGCAUUCUUCUGCAUGGCUUUCGAGCAAAGUGUCUUGCUCUAUUUGCUCAAAAACAGCGCAAAUAGUCAAGAACUUCUUGACUCUUUCAGAUUGCAUUAAGGGGAGCAAUGCACACUUUCAUGGUCCUAAAGACUUGACAUCCAUUGUUUUUGUUUUUCGAGUGAAUGUAAGUGCUUGAAAUCCAGUUGUAAAAGUCAAUGUAGUGUAUGUUGCAGUUGUCCAAUUUGCCACCUGACAAAACAGACCCGUCCAUCACCAGCUUUUCUCCUGCUUGUUGAUAUCAGUUUAAAUCACCAUCCUCACGGAAACAUUUUCAUUCAUCUUUUUGUUGACGUGUUUGUUGUUCCAUAUUGAAAAUUUAGUUCUGCCUUUGCACACAAACCUACAGUGCCUUCGGAAAGUAUUCAGACCCCUUGACUUUUUCCACAUUUUGUUACAUUACAGCCUUAUUCUAAAAUGGAUACAAAAAUUAACAAAUCCUCCGCAAUCUACACACAAUACCCCAUAAUGACAAAGUGAAAAAAUGGUUUUUUAAAUGUUUGCAAAUUUAUAAAAAAUGAAAAACAGAAAUACCUUAUUUACAUAAGUAUUCAGACCCUUUGCUAUGAGACUCGAAAUUGAGCACAGGCGCAUCCUGUUUCCAUUGAGAUGUUUCUACAACUUGAUUGGAGUCCACCUGUGGUAAAUCCAAUUGAUUGGACAUGAUUUGGAAAGGCACACGCCUGUCUAUAUAAGGUCCCAUAGUUGACAGUCAGAGCAAAAACCAAGCCAUGAGGUCAAAGGAAUUGUCCGUAGAGCUCCGAGACAGGAUUGUGUCGAGGCACAGAUCUGGGGAAGGGUACCAAAAAAUGUCUGCAGCAUUGAAGGUCCUCAAGAACACAGUGGCCUCCAUCAUUCUUAAAUGGAAGAAGUUUGGAACCACCAAGACUCUUCCUAGAGCUGGCCGCCCGGCCAAACGGAUAAAUCGGGGGAGAAGGGCCUUGGUCAGGGAGGUGACCAAGAACCCGAUGGUCACUCUGACAGAGCUCUAAAGUUAGUCUGUGGAGAUGGGAGAACCUUCCAGAAGGACAAACAUCUCUGCAGCACUCUACCUUUAUGGUAGUGGCCAGACGGAAGCCACUCCUCCGUAAAAGGCACAUGACAGCCCGCUUGGAGUUUGCCAAAAGGCACCUAAAGACUCUCACACCAUGAGAAACAAGAUUCUCUGGUCUGAUGAAACCAAGAUGGAACUCUUUGGCCUGAAUGCCAAGCGUCACGUCUGGAGGAAACCUGGCACCAUCCCUAUGGUGAAGCAUGGUGGUGGCAGCAUCAUGCUGUGGGGAUGUUUUUCAGCGGCAGGGACUGGGAGACUAGUUAGGAUCGAGGCAAAGAUGAACGGAGCAAAGUACAGAGAGAUCCUUGAUGAAAACCUGCUCCAGAGCGCUCAGGACCUCAGACUGGGGCGAAGGUUCACCUUCCAACAGGACAACGACCCUAAGCACACAGCCAAGUCAACGCAGCAGUGGCUUUGGGACAAGUCUCUGAAUGUCCUUGAGUGGCCCAGCUAGAGCCCAGACUUAAACCUGAUCGAACAGCGCUGGAGAGACCUAAAAAUAGCUGUGCAGCAACGCUUCCCAUCCAACCUGACAGAGAUGAAGAGGAUCUGCAGAGAAGAAUGGAAGAAACCAAAUACAGGUGUGCCAAGCUUGUAGUGUCAUACCCAAGAAGACUCAAUGCUGUAAUCACUUACGUAAAUGUGAUAUUUCCAUUUUUUAAAUUGAUAAAUUAGCAAACAUUUCUAAACCUGUUUUUGCUUUGUCAUUAUGGGGAAUUGUGUGUAGAUUGAUGAGGGGAAAAAACAAAUUUAAUCAAUUUUAGAAUAAGGCUGUAACGUAACAAAAUGUGGAGAAAGUCAAGGGGUCUGAAUACUUUCCGAAGGCACUGUACUUAUCAAAGACAGGCAAUAUAGCAUUGCUUUAAACCCAUGUUAUACUGAGCAGGAGUGCCCUCAGUACUCACCUAAUCUCUAAUUUAAUCCAUGACUAUAUUUGUGAGAAGUAACUUGCUUUCUGUAUUAUUUGCGUUCUGAUAUAUGAAGGUAUUUUGUUUUAGCUUUUUCACCAGUCAAUAGAGAAUGACAAACCAUAGCAACUUUAUAACACAGUAUAAUACAACGCUGCCUGUUUAGUUCUUAGACGGUUGUAGAAUUACCAGCACUUUGCUUGCCAGCAUAUUCAGACACAUUGAAGCCGAUUCUAACUUCAAGCUUACGCUUUCUGUUGACACCGCCCUCAUACCCGUUGCUUUGCCCUUUUUGCUUUUUGGUUGUUCAUUAUAUUGCCCUCUGAACCUCCGCUAUAAUGUUCAGAACGAUGGCCAUACUUAUAUUUGUUGUCUAUUUUUCCUACUAUACUCUCUACAUGUUGUCAUAGUAAGCUGCUGUUUGUUGUCUAUAUGAAGUGUCCCCUCUGUGUUGAGGCUGUGUGUGCGUGCGCGUGUGUGUGUGCGUGUGUGUGCGCGCGUGUGUGUGUGUGUGUGUGUGUGUGUGUGUGUUCUGUCAGGAGAGGGAGAGGCGGAGGCAGCACAUGAUGCUGAUGAAGGCCAUGGACGCCCGUAAGAAAGCAGAGGUGUGUGAUUCACAACUUGACCACUUCUUCUUCAAACUGUUACAGCAGGCAUAUGGUUAUUGCCUCCUCUCCGCAUUUCCUCCUUCAACUCUUUUUUUUGUCUUCUUUUGAACUAUAUGGAGUGUGAAUAAAAGAGAGAACCGGGCCCUAAGCAAUCUUCUGUGAAAGUGCGGCAAUUUCUAAGCAAGGAAGGCCUAGUGUUGGGCUGAAUUGUAAUGACAUAAUCCUUAACACGAUUGUCUGCAACGGUGCCGAUAGCAUGCACUGUUAACUUGGUCUGUAAUUUGGACCCUAGGAGCGGGAGCGCUUAAAGCAGGAGAAGAAGGAUAAGAAACGGUUAAACAAGGAGCGGAAAUUGGAGCUUAGAAGACUGGAACUGGAAAUUGCCAAGGAACUGAAGAAGCCAAAUGAAGACAUGUGCUUAGCAGAUCACAAGGUAUUCACUAUUCAUAGGCGAUCAUAGUUUAGUUCUCCAGCUGAAAGGGAGAUGUGGGACGAAUUUGUAUUAAGACUGAUAUCAUACCCAGAAAUUGUUCAUGUUGACCACAUUUGAUCACUGAUUUGUCUGUUAUUUUAAUACAUAUGAUGAUUGUAUUAUGAAUUACACCAGUGCUUUAUAGCAUAAAAUACAUGUAUGCAUGGCUUUGCCUCUGACUAAAUCUCUGCUACAAGCAUCAUUUUACUGAUGACAUUACAGGAUAAUCCAUAUUGGAUUACAUGAAGGUGACUUGAGCACAGACAGGUUAGAAUACUGCCAUCGAGUGGCUGCUUGUCUCAUAACACUGACCAGAGGAUUUCGGAGUGCUACUUACUCAGGAUUUCCACCAGACAGAGCACUGAACCCCUGGAUAACCAGCUCCAGGAGGAUCCAUUUUCUACUAUACUGUAUAUCACACAUCACAUCAACCCUCUCUACAUACGGCUCUCACUAAACCUCACUCCAUACGAGUCAAGCAAAAUUAUCCCUACUUGAAUUUGCAGCAUUGAAAGAUUUUUUCUAAAGUAAGUAGCCUUGCACAAGCCUUCGCUUGUGUGAGCCGGAACGUCUCCUAGGGCAGAAGCCGCCUAUUUCCUGUUUCUGUAGCGUGAGGCAGCUUGAUGUACAAGUACACCCCCUGGACAGGACACUAGUCUAUCACAGGGCCUUACCCCCAAUCUAUCUCCUUAAUGCUGAGUGCGAAGCGGAGACGCAUCAGGUCCCAUUUUUACAGUCUUUGGUAUGACUCGGCCAGGGAUUGAACUCACAACCUUCCAAUAUCCCUCUAACCACAAGGUCACUGAGUUGGUUUUGUCUCAAGAAUGUUCUGUAAAAUGGCACUAUUCACUACUUUUUACAUUUUGAAAUUAUAACAACAGGUGCACUUCACACUACCGUUGUUAGAUGUAAGUAUGUGUAAUUUCAUAUUUUCCGUCCUCCCCUCCCAGCUUCUCCCGGAGUUAUCCCGUAUUCCUGGCCUGUUUCUACCAGGAAGCAGCUUCUCUGACUGCCUGAUGGUGAUGCAGUUCCUGCGGAGCUUUGGGAAGGUGCUGGGCUUUGACGUGAACGCCCAUGUUCCCAACCUGAGUGUGCUGCAGGAGGGCCUGCUCAACCUGGGAGACAGCAUGGGACAGGUCCAGGACCUGCUGGUUCGUAUGCUCUCUGCUGUGGUGUGUGACCCAGGACUGCCCCCAGGACACCGGGUGAGAGCAAUCACAGCAUAGACAUACACACACAUUCUUAUCCCACAUUCAGACACACUAAAAGGCACAUCCACACAGCAGCUGUACAGUAUAUUCCAAUCUGCCUUCAUACUGUAUUCAGUAUCCACAGCUCAGAGGGCUGCACUCACAGCACUGCAGAACUAAAGACGAGAAGCCCUACUCUAAUCAGAACACACAAGUAGGGCAUUAUCAAUAUCUCUGGCUCUGUGAGGCUAAAUGAAGGGGCUUAUCUGUUUUGGAGGGUAUCAGUGUUUAUAGCUCUUAAUACAGCUUCCACAGUUAGAACCCCCAAAUGUAUAAUUCAUCCCCAAAGCAAUUUCUCUCUAUGCUAAUCUACAGGGCUUAGUCACGCUUUUAUGUGGCUUUCCAUUAUUUCUUCAAUGAACCCAGCUGACUGUCGCCUAUUAUGGAGCCUCAGUCGACAUUGAGGGAAAAUGUAUCCCUGAAAAGAGAAGCAUGUAUUCCCCUCUAACUGUGCCCCUUCCGUGCCAGGGGCUGGUCUAGUAGUAGUCCUGCCGCUCUCGGACCAUGAUACCCCUGGAGGCAGCGGUUCGAUCCCUCGUUCCGCCACUCACUAUCUCUGCUGUAUCCCUCUCUCUUAUAUCCACAUAUCUAUCCUAAACCUGUCAAUCAAACUUGAAAAUACCUUAGAAAAUAUAUUUCACUGUCCCCGUCCCCCUCUCUGCCCCCCCAGACCAAGACAGCCCUGGGAGACCACCUGGCUAACGUGGGCAUCAACCAGGACAACGUGUCGGAGGUACUGCAGAUCUACAUGGAGGCUCACUGUGGCGGGAUGGAGCUGCAGACAGAGCUAGGGGAGGUCACGGCCAGUCUUAAGACCAAGGCCUUCCAAGCCCACACACCCACACAGAAGGCCUCCGUCCUGGCCUUCCUUGUCAACGAGCUGUCCUGCAGUAAGAGUGUGGUCAGGUGAGAGUACACUGAACGCUAGUUACAGUAGUCUGGCCUGCUAUCUAGAUAACAACACUGAUCAGUUCUGUUAUUUAGACAAAUUAUUAAAUGUCAAGUUAAAUCAAGUGCUUUGGCUUGCAUGUGGGAAACUACUUUGUUGAUUAUGUUGUUCAGGGUCCAUACAAAAAUGAUUAAGUUAUUCUGAGCACAGAUUUAUUAAACGGAUUUAUGCAUGUUUUGCUCAUCUUUGGUUUUGCUGGAUAUAGUCUUGUUUUAUUCAUUGGGACUUGCAUUUUUAAUGUUCUACUACCAAUAUCAAAAGAAAGAGCUGUGUUGACAUGGAGCGUUUCAUUGUGUUGCAUCAAACCUGAAACCCUUUUCAAGUGACUGCCUGUAUCUGAGUUAAACUCAUGUGACAGAAGUUGCGAUGCUUUGAAAUACAGCCCUGUUGCUCAAGUAAAACUGCAACCAAAGCCUUACCUCACCUUACUUCACUUUGGACAGUUGUUAAUAUUAUAAUUUUUUUAAUCAAAGCCAGUUUGACUGAAGUCGGUGCUUCGUGCUUCUUUACAGCGAAAUCGACAAGAACAUCGAUCACAUGACCAACCUGAGAAGGGACAAGUGGGUCAUCGAGGGCACGCUUCGCAAGUGAGUACCUGCAUCAUCUCAAGGGGCACUUAGGAGAGGGCUGUGUGUUCAUUCAAUAAUGGAUCUGUGUUAACUAAUGGGAUACACUAGUGUACAGUGAAAAAUAAAAGCAAUCGUAAUAGAAUUGUCUGUUUUCCCUCUCCUUCAUUUUGUGAAGUGUAUUAGGACAAACUUUUUAGUAGGUGUUGAUUUUAAUGUGUUCAAUGUUUUAAGCUUUUCAAAUUUGGUAUUUUAUUAGGAUCCCCAUUAGCUGUUGCAAAAGCAGCAGCUACUCUUCCUGGGGUCCACACAAAACAUGAAACAUGACAUAAUACCGAACAUUAAUAGACAAGAACAGAACUACAUAAAACCAUUUUUUAAAGGCACACGUAGCCUAGAUAUCAAUACAUACACACAAACUAUCUAGUAGCUUAGGAAAACAUUUGACAUUCAUAUGCCCCUGCUUGUUGUCUUGUUCCAGGCUGAGGACCAUCCAUGCCAAGAAGACGGGGAAGAGGGACAGCGGUAUGGGAGGAGAGGAGACCCAGUCCCUGGGGACACCCACCCCCGGACGCAAACGCAAGAGGAAAGGAGGGGACAGCGAGGAGGACGAGGAUGAUGACGAGGAUAGUGAGGACCAGGGAGAUGAAGAUGACGAAGAGGAGGAGGAGGAGGAGGAGCGAGGGAAGAAAGGGAAGAAAGUGGAAACCUGUGAGGAUGAGGUUGGUGCCGUCACCUUUCCACAGGAUCUAUCCACUGAACCAAAUGACAAUGGAUGUGUCCCAAAUGGCACCCUAUUCCCUAUGGGCCCCGGUUAAUAGUUGUGCGCUACAUAGGCAAUAGGGUGCCAUUUGGGACAUGGUGUAAGUCACUGUUUGUGUAUUGUAAAUGUCAGCCUCCCCUCUGGAUUCAAAUGAAUGUGAUCUUUCCAUCCAGGAUGACGGGGACCAGACAGCCAGUGUAGAGGAGCUGGAGAAACAGAUUGAAAAAUUAACCAAGGUAAAGGGAUUUUGAUAACCAAUGGGAUCAGAGGGAUUUAUUUUAUGAGGUUCAGUUUCCGGGCAGAACAGGCCUCAGCGUUGAUACACUUUGUGUUUUCUCUCUCUAGCAACAGAGUCAGAUCAGACGGAAGCUGUUUGAGUCGUCCCACUCGUUGCGCUCCAUGAUGUUCGGCCAGGACCGCUACAAGCGCCGAUACUGGGUGCUGCCACAGUGCGGGGGCAUCUUUGUGGAGGGCAUAAGGAGUGGCAAAGGUAAAACUCAAAACACUGGCAUAAGAUAUGGGCACCGCACUUGUUACUCACUGUUGGGACAUUAUAGUUCAGGCUAACACAAUUCAGCUUCUUCUUCCUGUGACCUGCCUUCAGAUUACUUAAGUAUUGUCAGGAAGAACAUGGCCAUGUAGAAUGUACUAUGUAGGGAGUCUGGUUAACUGUGAUGCUGUGGAUAUUGAUAGGAGUGUGUUUUCCAGGAGCAGAGGAGCUUGAGAGGGAGAGACUGAGGAGCACAGAGCUGGUCCACGUGAAGGAGGAGGAGGUGGAAAGGAGGCCAGAGGUGGAGGGGAGGCCAGGGGCAUCCAGCCUGGAGGGGAGCACUGACAGCGACAUGGCCACGCCAGACAAACACACCCUCAACCUCUUCCUCCAGAAGCCUAGCUCCUUCUCCAAACUCAGCAAACUCCUGGAGGUGGCCAAGAUGUCCCCGGAUUCAGACAACCACCCUCACAGUCAGAGCUGUAGUCCUGUCAAAGUCCCCACCACAGUGUUCUCCCCUAUCCACCCCACCACUCAGACUACACUACCCAGCAGCCCCUGUGCAGCUCCCUCUCCGCUGUAUCCGGAGGUGAAAGCGGAGCCUUCCACAGCUCUCUUCAGCCCGCCCUACCUCAGCAGCAACAGCAGCCCAGGGAAGAUGUCAUCCAGUCCCCUACAGCAGCAACAGCAACAGCUCCAGCCCGACGACCAGCUGUUCAGGGUGCUGACGGAGAAGAGUGGCCACUGGUUCAGCCUGCUGCCCCGCUCCCCCUGUGACGAGUCCUCUGUCACCACCAGCUCCACCACCACCCCUCCGACCUUCUCCCCCCAGUCCACCUCGACCACCAGGCCCAAAUCCCCCUCCUCCCUGUCCCCUAAUCCCCCAGCCACCACCUCAGCCAGCCCCAGCAACCCCACCAACGGGAUCAAUAACUUAUCUUUAUCAGCUCUCCAGGUAGGUGCACUGCACGUUAUCUCCAUCUCUGAUCAUCUAGGAUUAAUGUUAACAUGGUGUGGAAUAUUCAUAGCAGACUUCGAAAAGGCAUUUGAUAAAGUACGACUGGGGUUUAUAUAUAAAUGCCUGGAGCAUUUCAAUUUUGGAGAAUCUCUUAUAAAAUGGGUCAAAAUCAUGUAUAGUAACCCUAUGUGUAAAAUAGUAAAUAAUGGCUAUUUCUCAGAAUGUUUUAAACUGUCAAGAGGAGUGAAACAAGGUUGUCCACUAUCGGCAUAUCUAUUUAUUAUGGCCAUCGAGAUGUUAGCUAUUAAAAUCAGAUCCAACGAUAAUAUCAAGGGAUUAGAAAUCCAGGGCUUAAAAACAAAGGUGUCAUUGUACGCUGAUGAUUCAUGUUUUCUUUUAAAUCCACAACUUGAAUCCCUCCACAGCUUCAUAGAGGAUCUAGAUACAUUUUCUAACCUCUCUGGAUUACAACCAAAUUAUGACAAAUGUACUAUAUUACGUAUUUGAUCACUAAAAAAUACAAUUUUUACAUUACCAUGUACCGGUAGUUUACCAAUAAAAUGGUCUGAUGGUGAUGUGGAUACACUCGGAAUACAUUUUAAUAGAAAUGUAGCAAAAAUAGAUAAGAUCUUGCUACCAUGGAAAGGUAAAUACCUGUCAAUUUGUGGGAAAAUCACCCUGAUUUAACUCUUUAGUAUUAUCCCAGUUUACCUAUUUGCUUAUGGUCUUGCCUACGCCUAGCGAACAGUUUUUUAAAUUAUAUGAGAAAAAAAUAUUCCAUUUUAUUUGGAACGGCAAACCAGACAAAAUUAAAACGGGCCUAUUUAUAUAAUGAAUAUGAAUUCGGAGGACAGAAAUUAUUAAAUAUUAAAGCAUUAGACCUAUCACUAAAAGCUUCAGUCAUACAAAAGUUAUACUUAAAUCCGAACUGGUUCUCUAGCAAAUUAGUAAGAUUGUCUUACCCAUUGUUCAAGAAUGGCAUUUUUCCCUUUAUUCAGAUUACAACCUCUCACUUUCAGUUAUUUGAAAAGGAAAUCAUCUCCCAAAUAUCACUAUUUCUAAAACAAGCCAUAGACUACCCACAUGUACAUAUUACCUCAACUAGACUACCCACAUGUACAUAUUACCUCAACUACCUCAACUAGCCGGUGCCCCCGCACAUUGACUAUGCAACGGUACCCCCCUGUAUAUAUAGCCUCCCUACUGUCACUUUAUUCUAUUGUAUAUAUAGCCUCCCUACUGUCACUUUAUUUUUACUUCUGCUCUUUUUUUCUCAACACUUUUUUGUUGUUUUAUUCUUACUUUUUCUGUUUAAAAUAAAUGCACUGUUGGUUAAGGGCUGUAAGUAAGCAUUUCACUGUAAUGUCUGCACCUGUUGUAUUCGGCGCAUGUGACCAAUAAAAUUUGAUUUGAUUUGAUUUGAAAGUUGGUUGCAAUUUCAAUUUAAUCCUCCAGAAACGACAGAACAAAUAAUGCAACAAAUAUUGUGGUUAAACUCAAAUAUACUAUUUUUUUUGACAAAAUGUUUAAAAAAGGUAUAAUCUUCGUAAAUGAUAUCAUCGGUAGGACUGGUGGAGUUAUGUCUCACAUGCAGCUAACAAAAACAUAUGGAAAUGUCUGCUCUACCCAAAAUUACAACCAAAUAAUUGCAGCCUUACCGCAAAAAUGGAAGAGGAAAGUGGAAGGGGGAGAAAGUAAGGAACUUGUCUGUCGGCCUUGCAUUAAAGAACAUAAUUGGUUAAAGAAAACUGUGAUAAAUAAAAAAGUUUAUUUAAGGACCAAAGGAUUGACAGCCGUCCUAUAUAGAUUGCAAAAUAGUUGGGAAGAGAUUUUUGACGUACCGAUCCGAUGGCAUAGUGUUUAUGAACUGAUACGCAAAACGACACCGGAUUCAAAACUUAGAAUCUUUCUAUUUAAAUUAUUAUAUACAAUUCUUGCUACCAAUAGAAUGUUAUUUAUAUGGGGGAUACAAUCUUGCCAGCUCUUCAGAUUUUGCUGCGAAGAGACAGAAUCAUUAGAUCAUUUGUUUUGGUACUGUCCAUUUGUAGCUUGUUUUUGGACACAGGUCCAGGAAUGGCUAAAGGAUUGCAAUAUUUACCUGGAGCUAACCUUGCAAAUAGCAUUCCUGGGUGAUCUGAAAAGUCAGUCAAUCGAUCAAUAAUAUAAUAAUACUUUUAGCAAAAAUGUUCAUUUUCAAUUUACAAUCUGUAGAAACAAUGAGAAUAGAAAGGUUCAGAACUUUUGUAAAACAUCACAGUACAGUUAAAAUAUAUGGCAAAUAGAAAUCCUAUAUGGAUGGUGUUAAGAGAUAGAUGGUGAAUGGAGUUGAAGGAUGGGACUAAUAACAACUAACAACAACUAAUAACAAGAUAACUAAUAAUGUAAGCAUACUGUGUCCAUAAUAAGUAUGUAGGUUGGGAGCUUUUGUGAAAGAGCACAGUUAGAAAGAUAUGGCAUAUAGAAGCAAACCGGAUGGACAUGUAUGUAUGUAUGUAUGUAUGUAUGUAUGUAUGUAUGUAUGUAUGUAUGUAUGUAUGUAUGUAUAUGUAGGUAUGUGUGUGAUAUAUAUAUAUAUAUAUAUAUAUAUAUAUAUAUAUAUAUAUAUAUAUAUAUAUAUAUAUAUAUAUAUAUAUAUAUAUAUAUAUAUAUAUAUAUCAUUGGAAGUGAUGCAGACAAUUACAUUGAUGGAAGUUACAAUCUAUCUGCAAUAUUAAGCUGAUCUACCCCCUAAAAAAAAAAAAAACAUGGUGUGGAAUACGACCAAGACAUAUUGCUACUGCCAGGUAGUCUUUUGAUGUUUUGCCAAUUCAUAUGAGCACAUCUGAUGCUCAAGUCUGAUUCUAUGAUGCUUUAUUAUAGGUUUAUGGACAGCAUUUGUGCUAGUUGUCAGUGAACUAAGGUCUGCUACAUAACAUUCUUGCUCACCACUGUCUGGGCAUUCUUCUUCAUGAACUCCUCCGUCCUCCCAGCAGGUGAAGUCGGGGGUCCAUAUGAUGGGUCUGCCAUUCUGUGGCUGGCCCGGUGGCAUGAUGAGCCCCACCCUGCCCUUCUCUGUCAGUCCUCUACCACCCUCCAUCCUGGGCGCUGUCUACCACCAUGUGGAAGGUAAUGGCAACCCCUUCCUGGCAGCCGCCAGCCUCUCCAGCAGCAAGAGUAAGUCCCCAGUCCCUGCCAGAGAGAAGCCCCCCUCUGCCCCGUCCCCCGUGGUGGAAGUGGCCAAGACCCAGGACUACCCCGACCCACUGCCCAUCCCAGAGGGUAAGCAUGGCACACUGCCCACUGCUGCUAGGAAAUAUGGGAGAAUGACACAUUCAAGCGCUGAGGAGGAUUUUAAGUGGCUGCCAUGAAUUUCCACAUUUGAUUACGUAUAUAGCUAGUUCUGUUUUUAUUGACAUAAGGAAAAUAAUCGCCUGGAAAUGAACUGAAAAUUAUGGCCGAUAGGACGGCAACCCGCUGCUUUUAACCGUUAGUCAGCACAUUCUGGUUUGUCCUUUACUGACAUGGUCGUGUUCAUGUAGAUAUGCUGUCAGGCUGGUGGAGAGUGGCAGACAUGGAGGAGUUGAGGAGCCUGGUCAAGGCCUUUCACAGCAGAGGCAUCAGAGAGAAGGCCUUGCAGAAACAGAUCCAGAAACACAUGGAGUACAUCGCCCAGGCCUGCGCCAAGAACAGAGAUGGUGAGUGGAUCCCCUUGUCCUCUAGACCUCCUCAGGAGGCUGUAUAAAAUAUAAUAAAGACAUAGUUUGCGUCCGAAAUGGAACCCUAUUCCCUAUAGUGGCCAGUUUAUCUAGUACCAGGUCGGACCCCCCUUUGCCUCCAGAACAGCCUGAAUUCUUUGGGGCAUGGAAACGUUGCUCAAUUGUUAUCAAGGGAUAUUCCCCACACCAUUACACCACUGCCACCAGCAUGUAUCGUUGACACCAGGCAGUAUGGGGCCAUGGACUCAUGCUGCUUACACCAAGUCCUGACUCUGCCAUUAGCAUGACGCAACAGGAACCAGGAUUCGUCGGACCAGGCAAUGUUUUUCCACUCCUCAAUUGUCCAGUGUUGGAGAUCGCGUGCCCACUGGAGCCGCUUCUUCUUGUUUUUAGCUGAUAGGUGUGGAAACCGGUGUGGUCGUCUGCUGCAAUAGCCCAUCCAUGACAAGGACCUACGAGUUGUGCGUUCCGAGAUGCCAUUCUGCACACCACUGUUGUACUGCACCGUUUUUUGCCUGUUUGUGGCCCGCCUGUUAUCUUGCACGAUUCUUGCCACUCCUUCGACCUCUCAUCAUCAACAAGCUGUUUUCGUCCACAGGACUGUCGCUGACUGAAUGUUUUUUGUUUGUCGCACCAUUCUCGGUAAACCCUAGACGCUGUCGUGUGUGAAAAGCCCAGGAGGCCGGCCGUUUCUGAGAUACUGGAACCGGUGCGUCUGGCACUGACGAUCAUACCACACUCAAAGUCGCUUAGGUCACUAUUUUUGCCCAUUCUAACGUUCAAUCGAACAGUAACUGAAUGCCUCGAUGCCUGUCUGCCUGCUUUAUAUAGCAAGCCACGGCCACAUGACUCACUGUCUAUAGGAGCAAACCAUUAUUGUGAACGGGAUGGUGUACCUAAUAAACUGAGUUUAUAGUGCACUACUUUUGACCACGGCCCAUAGGGCUCUGGUCAAAAGUAGUGCACUAUAUAGGGAAUAGGGUGCCACUUCAGACGCAUCCAUAGACAUCCAAUAUAUCUUGUGACUCUUUAAAUCUGACCUUUAAUGAUGUGGUAGGCUACAUGACCUCUGUUUAAAAUGUCCCCUUGUUACACGGAAAUGUCAACCCACUGCAGGGAGAGAGUGGAUUGUUUAGAUGCAUCAUGUCAGUCAGAGUUAACAUGGUCUUUACCACCAGUCCUUUGGGUUACCAUCAUUUACACCAUGUUAGCGUGAUUGAAUGAUGCUGUCUGACAGCUUUGAAUAGUCAUUGUGUACAGUGGGGGGAAAAAGUAUUUAGUCAGCCACCAAUUGUGCAAGUUCUCCCACUUAAAAAGAUGAGAGAGGCCUGUAAUUUUCAUCAUAGGUACACGUCAACUAUGACAGACAAAAUGAGGAAAGAAAAUCCAGAAAAUCACAUUGUAGGAUUUUUUAUGAAUUUAUUUGCAAAUUAUGGUGGAAAAUAAGUAUUUGGUCAAUAACAAAAGUUUCUCAAUACUUUGUUAUAUACCCUUUGUUGGCAAUGACACAGGUCAAACGUUUUCUGUAAGUCUUCACAAGGUUUUCACACACUGUUGCUGGUAUUUUGGCCCAUUCCUCCAUGCAGAUCUCCUCUAGAGCAGUGACGUUUUGGGGCUGUCGCUGGGCAACACAGACUUUCAACUCCCUCCAAAGAUUUUCGAUGGGGUUGAGAUCUGGAGACUGGCUAGGCCACUCCAGGACCUUGAAAUGCUUGAAAUGCUGAAAGACCCAGCCACGUUUCAUCUUCAAUGCCCUUGCUGAUGGAAGGAGGUUUUCACUCAAAAUCUCACGAUACAUGGCCCCAUUCAUUCUUUCCUUUACAUGGAUCAGUCGUCCUGGUCCCUUUGCAGAAAAACAGCCCCAAAGCAUGAUGUUUCCACCCCCAUGCUUCACAGUAGGUAUAGUGUUCUUUGGAUGCAACUCAGCAUUCUUUGUCCUCCAAACACGACGAGUUGAGUUUUUACCAAAAAGUUCUAUUUUGGUUUCAUCUGACCAUAUGACAUUCUCCCAAACCUCUUCUGGAUCAUCCAAAUGCACUCUAGCAAACUUCAUACGGGCCUGGACAUGUACUGGCUUAAGCAGGGGGACACGUCUGGCACUACAGGAUUUGAGUCCCUGGCGGCGUAGUGUGUUACUGAUGGUAGGCUUUGUUACUUUGGUCCCAGCUCUCUGCAGGUCAUUCACUAGGUCCCCCCGUGUGGCUCUGGGAUUUUUGCUCACCGUUCUUGUGAUCAUUUUGACCCCACGGGGUGAGAUCUUGCGUGGAGCCCCAGAUCGAGGGAGAUUAUCAGUGGUCUUGUAUGUCUUCCAUUUCCUAAUAAUUGCUCCCACAGUUGAUUUCUUCAAACCAAGCUGCUUACCUAUUGCAGAUUCAGUCUUCCCAGCCUGGUGCAGGUCUACAAUUUUGUUUCUGGUGUCCUUUGACAGCUCUUUGGUCUUGGCCAUAGUGGAGUUUGGAGUGUGACUGUUUGAGGUUGUGGACAGGUGUCUUUUAUACUGAUAACAAGAUCAAACAGGUGCCAUUAAUACAGGUAACGAGUGAAGGACAGAGGAGCCUCUUAAAGAAGAAGAUACAGGUCUGUGAGAGCCAGAAAUCUUGCUUGUUUGUAGGUGACCAAAUACUUGUUUUCCACCAUAAUUUGCAAAUAAAUUCAUAAAAAAUCCUACAAUGUGAUUUUCUGGAUUUUUUUUCUCAAUUUGUCUGUCAUAGUUGACGUGUACCUAUGAUGAAAAUUACAGGCCUCUCUCAUCUUUUUAAGUGGGAGAACAUGCACAAUUGGUGGCUGACAAAAUAUUUUUUUUCCCCACUGUAGCUUUGAUGCCAGUUAUAUUCUGACCAGGGAUGGGCAACUGGCGGCUCGCGGCUCAUGGCCCGCGACCCCCUUUUUUUGAGGGGGGGGGGAACUCAGUCGGGGUCUCAACUUACCGUUGAGAGUUGGAAUAGUAGAAUACACAAGGUGCAAUUUUGAAAUGUGUUUGUAAGAAAGUUAGAAAAUUGCUAAAUAUUUUCCCCGCCCAUGGUAAAAUGUGUAGAAUUGCAGGAAAUGAAUUCUAAAACGUCAUUUAUUUCUCUGUGCUGUAAAGAGGGGGGGCACAGAAAUGUUCCCAACAGAAUGUCACUUAGGGCCCCCAAAAUACUAGGGCUGGCUCUGACUGCAUGUGUGGGGUAUGGAUGUGAGUACGCAGACCUGCAAGCCACUGCGGCCCCUCAUGAUGAGUUCAGAUUUUUUUUCUAGCCUAUUAACUCUUCUCUACAGAGCUAGGCAGGGGGCUCGCCCUGCCAAAUACAAUGUCAAUGAAAACACUGCCUCCCUAUAUUGGAAAAUAUCCCUCCCAAACUUCACAGUACAUACUAAGAUACAAUAAUUGUAGUAAACUUAGUUUUAGGAGAGAAAAGUUUAAUUUUUGUGGGGUCUUGAGUUGAUUCCUCCCUCACUCUCUCCAGUGGUGGUGAUUGACGAGUCUGAGCUGGAGGAGAAUGGGGUGAGUGAGGAGACAGUGGAGAGCUGGUGUGUGGAGGAGCAGGCCAUGGAGAUGGACAUUGCUGUGCUGCAGCAGGUGGAGGAGCUGGAGAGGAAGGUCACCUCGGCCAGCCUUCAGGUCAAGGUAGAGUAAAGCUCUUGUACUCAGUAUCCAUCUAUAGCACUGUAUCCAUACUGGAGCCUGUGGUAGGUAGUGGAGAAGGAGCCCGUCGGCAAUGAAGAAAGAGUAUACUGUAUAAGAGUAUGCUGAGUAUACUGUAUUCCACAUACAACACACGCGUAAACAAAAGCUUUUGAUUUCACCACUGUUGUUUUUCUCUCUCUCUCUAUCUCCUCCCAGGGUUGGAUGUAUCCGGAGCCCCAGUCAGAGAAAGGGGACCUGGUCUACCAUGAACACAAGCCCUUCACUAAGCUGUUUCCAGCCGGGGAGGAGCAGCCUACAGGGGAGAAGGCGAGGGCCAGUGGCAACAACAGCCUGGUGCGGCACGUCAACAACCCCCUAGAUAUAGCUGUAACACGGCUGGCCGAGCUGGAGAGGAACAUCGAGCGAAGGUACCUGAAGAGCCCCUUAAGUACCACCGUUCAGGUCAAACUGGAUAAUGUGCUGGGUACGGUCACUGUCCCUGCUCCCGCACCAUCCCAUAGUGUUGAUGGUGAAGGGUAGGUCCAUCCAAAUUCCCAUUUUGAACACUAUUUUGUGCUUCCCUCUGCUUCACUGGAGCCUAUUUAGUUCUUUUCGGUGUCUUGGGUGCCUGUUCCUUUCUCCUCUUCUCUCGUUGCUACUGUGUGCGUCGUGGUUUUGGUUCCUUUGUGAUGUCUCUCACCGUAGGUGGUUGUAUCUGUCUCUUUGGAAGCCGGUCUGUACUGUAGCUCUGCAUGGUGCAUCACACUGGUAACACGUGGUUCUAUGUUAACUCAUUGUCUCACUAUGGCAGUCUGUACUAUGGUAGUCUGGCAGUCUGUACAGGCUCCUGAAUGUAACUAUGAGGCAUGUCAGUCACCAAGUGGAGUCUUGUACAGUACAGUGAGGGAAAAAAGUAUUUGAUCCCCUGCUGAUUUUGUACGUUUGCCCACUGACAAAGACAUGAUCAGUCUAUAAUUUUAAUGGUAGGUUUAUUUGAACAGUGAGAGACAGAAUAACAACACAAACAUCCAGAAAAACACAUGUCAAAAAUGUUAUAAAUUGAUUUGCAUUUUAAUGAGGGAAAUAAGUAUUUGACCCCUCUGCAAAACAUGACUUAGUACUUGGUGGCAAAACCCUUGUUGGCAAUCACAGAGGUCAGACGUUUCUUGUAGUUGGCCACCAGGUUUGCACACAUCUCAGGAGGGAUUUUGUCCCACUCCUCUUUGCAGAUCUUCUCCAAGUCAUUAAGGUUUCGAGGCUGACGUUUGGCAACUCAAACCUUCAACUCCCUCCACAGAUUGUCUAUGGGAUUAAGGUCUGGAGACUGGCUAGGCCACUCCAUGACUUUAAUGUGCUUCUUCUUGAACCACUACUUUGUUGCCUUGGCCGUGUGUUUUGGGUCAUUGUCAUGCUGGAAUACCCAUCCACGACCCAUUUUCAAUGCCCUGGCUGAGGGAAGGAGGUUCUCACCCAAGAUUUGACAGUACAUGGCCCCGUCCAUCGUCCCUUUGAUGCGGUGAAGUUGUCCUGUCCCCUUAGCAGAAAAACACCCCCACAGCAUAAUGUUUCCACCUCCAUGUUUGACAGUGGGGAUGGUGUUCUUGGGGCCAUAGGCAGCAUUCCUCCUCCUCCAAACACAGCGAGUUGAGUUGAUGUCAAAGAGCUCCAUUUUGGUCUCAUCUGACCACAACACUUUCACCCAGUUCUCCUCUGAAUCAUUCAGAUGUUCAUUGGCAAACUUCAGACGGGCCUGUAUAUGUGCUUUCUUGAGCAGGGGGACCUUGCGGACGCUGCAGGAUUUCAGUCCUUCACAGCGUAGUGUGUUACCAAUUGUUUUCUUGGUGACUAUGGUCCCAGCUGCCUUGAGAUCAUUGACAAGAUCCUCCCGUGUAGUUCUGGGCUGAUUCCUCACCGUUCUCAUGAUCAUUGCAACUCCAUGAGGUGAGAUCUUGCAUGGAGCCCCAGGCCGAGGGAGAUUGACAGUUAUUUUGUGUUUCUUCCAUUUGCAAUAAUCGCACCAACUGUUGUCACCUUCUCACCAAGCUGCUUGGCGAUGGUCUUGAAGCCCAUUCCAGCCUUGUGUAGGUCUACAAUCUUGUCCCUGACAUCCUUGGAGAGCUCUUUGGUCUUGGCCAUGGUGGAGAGUUUGGAAUCUGAUUGAUUGAUUGCUUCUGUGGACAGGUGUCUUUUAUACAGGUAACAAACUGAGAUUAGGAGCACUCCCUUUAAGAGUAUGCUCCUAAUCUCAGCUCAUUACCUGUAUAAAAGACACCUGGGAGCCAGAAAUCUUUCUGAUUGAGAGGGGGUCAAAUACUUAUUUCCCUCAUUAAAAUGCAAAUCAAUUUAUAACAUUUUUGACAUGCGUUUUUCUGGAUUAUUUUGUUGUUAUUCUGUCUCUCACUGUUCAAAUAAAUUAUUAAUUAUAGACUGAUCAUUUCUUUGUCAGUGGGCAAACGUACAAAAUCAGCAGGGAAUCAAAUCCUUUUUUCCCUCACUGUGUCUCUUAAAACUGGCUGCUGUAACCAAACACUCUUAUACUCGUGUGGCUUUCUGUGCACUGCUGUUGGUCGGUGAGCUUGGUUCUUGUCAUUGACUGUUCUAUGUGAUGUGAGUGGCUGGUUCUCUGACCAUGGUGCCUUUUCCUGUCUCAGGGGGGAAGAGGGGCUGGCCCCUGGCAUGAAGGUGUGGCGCAAGGCCCUGGGCGAGGUCCGCAGCGCUGCCCAGCUGGCUCUCUGCGUCCAGCAGCUCCAGAAGUCCAUCGCAUGGGAGAGAUCCAUCAUGAAAGUGGUACGACUGUCUGUCCGUUAGUGUCUCCGAGAGAUUCUCUAAAAGGCUUUGAGCUACAUUUUCCUCUCGCAAAGUCACCUGCACUGUAAACUAACGCACUGUAAAUUAAAUUAUAAUCUGUCGACCUUUCUUGAAAAAUUUCCGUCAGGAGGAAUUUAAGUUUAACCAGAGAUUUAUACUGAACAAAAAUAUAAACGCAACAUGUAACAAUUUAAAAGAUUUUGCUGAGUUACAGUUCAUAUAAGGAAAUCAGUCAAUUGAAAUAAUUCAUUAGGCCCUAAUCUAUGGAUUUCACAUGACUGGGCAGGGGUGCAGCCAUGGGUGUGCCUGGGAGGGCAUAGGCCCACCCACUUGGGAGCCAGGCCCAGCUAAUCAGAAUGAGUUUUUACCUGGCAACAGCUCUGGUGGACAUUCCUGCAGUCAGCAUGCCAAUUGCAUGCUCCCUCAAAACUUGAGUGGCCUUUUAUUGUCCCCAGCACAAGGUGCAUCUGUGUAAUGUUCAUGCUGUUUAAUCAGCUUCUUGAUAUGCCACUCCUGUCUGGUGGAUGGAUUAUCUUGACAAAUGAUCAAAUGCUCACUAACAGGGAUGUUAACAAAUUGGUGCACAAAAGUUUAGAGAAAUAGGCUUUUUGUGCAUAUGGAAAAUAUCUGGGAUCUUUUAUUUCAGCUCAUGAAACAUGGGACCAACACUUUACCUGUUGCGUUUAUAUUUUUGUUCAGUAUAGUUACAGUGCGAUACAUAUGCGGCAUGCCACCACAAUGCAAUAGCUCUAGUUACAGUAACGGAGCUCUGUACUACCAGGAGCCUGUCCUUUCUUUCUGUCAAACUUGAAAGUUAUUUUAUUUAAGGAAAUCCUGGUGUUAUUUAGAAUGUGUUAGUUCAUAGCGCAGUUGUUUUUGCAAGGGGAAAAUGUUGCCCUAAGUGUGAAGUACCUCCUCAGAGAGCACCCAGUUUGACAGUGCAUCCUGGUAUGUUACUCUGCAGUACUGCCAGUUGUGUCGAAAGGGGGAUAAUGAGGAACUGCUCUUACUCUGUGAUGGCUGUGACAAAGGCUGCCACACGUACUGCCAUAAACCCAAGAUCACCACAAUACCUGACGGUGACUGGUUUUGUCCUGCUUGCAUAUCGAAGGUACAGUAACCUUUGCCUUCAGUUGCAGGUAGCCCAACUUACAAUUCACAGAACAGAGAAAAGAGAGGGACCCCUUAAUUAAGGAAUUUAUCCAACCUCAGGCUUCCAGUGUAAGAAAUCUUACCGUAGAUGUUUAAGUCCUUCAAAACGAGGUGCCCCUUCAAAAUGACCUUUUAUUGUCCACAGCCAAAAUGCAGCGUCUUAUCACAAGGGUCUAUCCUACUCACAAAAACUCAUAAACGAAAUGGAAUAAAUACACCCAAAAGCAAAAGUCCAAUUCAUUCAAUUCACGACGACAAGUGUGAUCCUCAGUGAAUGCGAGAUGCCUCCACUCAGCAUAUUUUGUGUCAUUCAGGCGAGCGGUCAAUCCCCCAAGAAUAAGAAGCAGCAGAGCCGAGCGGGAGCAGCCGGAGGAGGGAAGAGAAGCACCGAGGUAAAGCGGAGCAGGAUGCCAUCGUCCGUAGCCAGCACAGAGGUCUCUGAGGACGAUGCUGCCAGCACCAGCACUCCAAAGAAAGGGAGCAAAGAGCCCAAAAAGAGGAAGAGCCCAGGAGAGGAGGGCCCAGUCACAAACCAGUCCAAGCAGGACAGUACUAGUCCUGUCUGUGUGAAGAAGGCUAAGACGGCCACGUCAGCCAGAGACAAUUAUAAGGAUCUGAACUUGUGCAGGUAUUAUAAUACUAUUGACCCCGGAAGUGACAUGGGCUACGCUUACACUGGUCCCAGAUCUGUUUGUGCUCUUGCCAACUCCAUUGCUGUCAUUGUCAAGCCAAACAUGUUUGGCAUGACAAUGAGUGACGGAGUUGGCAUGAUAGCACAAACCGAUCUGGCACUCAGGCUAACAUACACUAGUUGCUGCAGUGUCUGAUGCAUCCCCAUGCAUACUGUAGUUAAUGUGAGGAUCAUCUCUUGGUUGACUCCUUGUUCUCCACAGGGUGCUGCUGGCUGAGCUGGAGGGUCACCAGGAUGCCUGGCCCUUCCUGAACCCUGUCAACCCCAAAUCUGUCCCGGGCUACAAGAAAGUCAUCAGGAAACCCAUGGACUUCUCCACUAUCCGAGAGAAACUUGUUAACAGCCAGUAUGUACCAUACCAUUAGCAUGAAAAAUAAUUUGCAUACAAUGUGUCUUAUUCAUUUAAUUCUGAUACCUGUAUUAUACGUAAAAAUUCGGUCAGCUGCAAAGAUUAUGGCUUUCUUUUUCAUGCUUUUGUUCACAUUGUUAUUCCCCUGUGGGAUUCAAUGUCAUACAUUUCAUAAUUAAAUGCUAUGCGUCUCAAUUUACAGGUACUUUAACCUUGAGACGUUUAUCAUCGACGUCAACUUGGUUUUUGAUAACUGUGAAAAGUUUAACGAAGAUAAUUCGGACAUUGGGCGAGCAGGACAUAACAUGAGGAGUUUUUUUGAGAAGAGAUGGACUGAACUGUUAAAACAAACCAACUAG